AGCAUAAUUGUAGCUACGCAAAUGCAAGUGGGCACCGUCUUGUCGGUUUUGUAGUCAUCGUGAAAUCAUCGUGAACUCAAUUGUGAAUCAUUGCGAAAUCAUCAGAUAACGAGGAAUCAUUCAGUGACAUUUGACACGUUACAGGAAGAGUAGGUAGACAUCUAGAGUGUAAACCACAUUACCAGAAUCGAGGCGUCAGGCUGAGAGGAUCCAGAGGCAAUGCAGUUCUCUAAUUCUAUUUCUGAUAAGCACCACAGUAGGAAGUCAUUGAUUGAAAGUCAACAACACACAAUAAAUACUUUUACAGCAAAUCAAUCAUGCUAAAAGGGAGGUGAACUCGUCAUUGUUUCUAGGUCAGGAGUUUGAUCAUCUGGGAACUUAUUGCUUACUUUUAGCUGAUCAAGAAUAUCACUAAAAUUUAAGACAUGUUGGCUCUAAAUGUUAGUGAGGUUGUUGAUAUGAAUCAGGCAGUUAAUGUGUAGCAAUAUCAUUUUAUGUGCAAUGAUGCGAUUGAUUGUUUAUAGAAUGAGGCUACAUGCAUGCAUUUAUCUAGCUUACCAUCAAAUAUCAUCCGUAGGUACCCAUCCUAGUUGCAAGGGUUACUACGUAGGUUAUGCUUGUUACCAUGGCAAGGUUGGUUACCAGGUGUCAUUUCAGUUGUCACAGUAGACAGUAGACUAUACACUAUAUUACUAUUUGGGUGUUAUAUUUCAUCAUUACUAGAAUUCUUUUUCUUUCAACUCUUGAAACAUACUUCACUUUCGAGGAACUCAAUCCGACCAUUGAUUAAACGAAUGCGGACUUAUACAGUACUAUCGCGACGUUCACGUCAUACGAGGAAAGCUUGCAGUCUAUUCAUAAAUAGCAUGUUAUUUGCAAAUCAAAUUGCACAAGCCAUUUGUCCCCCAACCGAUUACGCGUACGAAGCAUCGUCACACUCGCUCGGUACACCGGAUAUGCGGAGACAUCACGAGCUUCACCGGAAAUGGGCGUGCCUUCAUCCGGCUUCUUCAGAAUGCACGCGGGCGAAUCAGCGAGAAGUCAUAGCUGCCGGCGAUAGCCAGUCAGUUUGCACGCCGUCUCACUCAGCGGUUUCUCGUACGGCGAAGCGGGUUUCGAGACUGACGAAGCAGCGGAAACUCGACUACGUGUUUGCAUGCAGUCUGCCGUCGAUGAUGUCACGUGCAGCUACACUCACGUUCAUCGGUAUCGCAUUGUGCCAUGUACAGACGGCUUUCGGGUUUAAUCUCUUCAUCGACCGAGACUUUGGAGUAAACGUUCUGCAUUGGGGAGAUGUCUUCGCCAAUGAUGCACUCUAUUUUAUUAAGGACGACGUACCGUUUGCCGGUACGCUCGGUAACAACCUACUUCAUUUGAUCACGGUGCAGACGACACACAGGUUGAAGUUUACGUGGAACACUGAUCCUGACGAGAUAGUCACAUACAAGUGGGCAUUCAACUCGACCGACCUGAGAGUUCUCGCAAGACCGUAUCUGUCGAUAAACCACACAGGAAUCGUACCCAGGGAGGAAGUUUUCUUUUUCAUAUUCCCUUGCACCGGAGUGAAUCCUAGAACCGAGCAAGCGGGGAUAUUACUCGAUUACUCUGUGUAUGGGAAUAUUAAUGCGAGUGUCGCUAGCGAUAUUCUGGAUAGGAAUUCGACUGCCAGUCUACCGUCCGUAGUGGGCACUCCCAAGUUGAAUAUUAGUCUGCGUCUCAGCACUCGAGUCGACUGCCUGCAGUUGGGCCCGAUCGAUGGCAAGAAGGACGAGAGUGACUCACAGCCGUUGUGGGCCAUCGGUGUCGUAUUCGGAUGUAUCAUCGCAAUAGUUCUAAUCUCCGUCGUCGCGUUUCUAUUGUAUCGUCAACACAAGGAAAAAACAAACGUCAGUACUCUGGAGAGAGAACUAACUGUACUUCGAGAUGCUCAAGAGAGCAGUUCUGCACGUUACAUGGAUGUGUAUUCCGAUUCGAGUGGCAGUAUCAGUGGUAGCGUCUCGUACAAAGAGACUCUGUCUAUGAGAAUGCACAAUGCGAGUAGGAAAGCGUCGAGACCCAAGUCGGACAUGAUGGACGUGUUGAAAGAAAACUGGUUUGAAGAACUGGAGGAUUGCAUUGUGGAAUAUAGUCAAAUACAAUUCGGAGAGGAACUCGGAAAAGGCGCAUUUGGAUUUGUGUACAAGGGCACCCUCACUGCGGCCGACGAUCCGUCUACAGUAGAAACGGUUGCUCUAAAGACGAUGAAGACUUUGGAUAGUGUCAGUGACAUGUCUCGGUUCCUGUCCGAAGGGAUCGUAAUGAAGGACUUUCGUCAUCGUAAUGUGAUGGGCCUCACGGGUGUGUGCUUUCCUGAGGAGGAUCCUCCAAUCAUCAUCUUGCCGUUCAUGGCCAACGGCGAUCUACACUCGUUUCUCAAGAAACGCAGAGGCUCCGCAUCAUCGAUGGAUACGAUGACUGACAACAUGCUGUCUCUUGAUCGCCUCAUGCAAUUUGUCAAUGAUAUUGCUCGUGGGAUGGACUACCUUUCUCGCCAGAACUUUGUUCAUCGUGAUUUAGCCGCACGCAACUGCAUGUUAGAUGAGGACUUUGUAGUGAAGAUUGGAGACUUUGGUCUUGCUAAGGACAUGCACGAGGAGUUAUAUUAUCGGCUUGGAACGCCGACAAAGUUACCAGUUAAAUGGUUGGCCAUCGAGAGCUUGAAUGAUCAAGUGUUUACGUUGCAGACUGACGUGUGGGCGUUUGGAGUGACCAUGUGGGAGAUACUGAGUCUCGGUAUGCAACCAUAUCCUGGAGUCGCGAAUCACGAAUUGACCGAGUUGCUGCUGAAGGGGCAUCGAUUACAGAAGCCGGCGAUUUGCACCCACGACUUAUUUGAGAUAAUGUCGUCGUGUUGGCUUGUCGAGCCGCACAAUCGUCCGACUUUCUCUCAGUUGGUGAUGAUGCUUGAGAGACUGGACGGGGGCUCUUAUAGUUCCAACGUCGAUGACCCGGACGGCUACGAAAACAUGAGUCCGAUGUCUAAGACGCCGAGUGUGAGCUACAACAGAGACACACUUGACGAACGUGAAACUCUGUUGUCUCCUACUGGCUACACAAUCAUGAAUCUUGAUUCGUCCCCUCGCCCCCGCAUGAAGGACCCAACAGUGACAUCACCGGAUGACAGCGAUAACUACUUGCCAAUGUUGUUGAAGUCAUCGGCACUUACUGAUGGCGAUCAAGCAUUUGUCACAGCACCGGAAGAAGAAGAGGAAGGCGGCAACUACUUGCCGAUGUCGCUGAAAUUGCCGACAUCAAGUGAUGACAAACAAAAUGGGAUUAAGUCUCCGGAGCGAGUUGAUGACUAUGUCAGUCGUACCGAUGGACAUGAGACGGCUACUAAAAGGCAAAGAACAGUGUCUACAGCAAGUGGUAAGGAACGAAAGGAGGUCGAUGCGACUGGUGAUGACGAAUACAUGAGAAUGAGUGUGAACUUGGCAAGAGCAGAUGUCAGUAAACCAGACGUCGUGGAAGAACAGGAUGCCGACGAAUACAUGAGGAUGACUGUGCAGAACGGGAAACGAGACGUGAACCGAGAGUUGGGCGAUGCAGACGACAAGUAUGUGAGAAUGACAUCGAAAUCGGACCUAACGACAAAUGGGUUCGUCAAUGGGAAAGUUGGGCCUGUGGUAAACGACGACGGUGAAGGAACCCUGUUGUAGUUAGGUGGGUUGUUUCUGGCUUGUUUGUAUGCCCUCCUUCUCCCCCCUCUCUGCUAUAUAUUGACAUGACACGAGUAGAAUAAGUGCUGACUGCUGAGGCUUCAGACUGCUGGUUUUUCCCUCAGCUGCUGUAGUGGACUUAGUAGUAGGAUCGAUAUUAGCUGUGUAUUAUUAUUGGAUGAGUUCGACAUUGCUUUUUUAUAAUACGAUUACAUGCAUGA